CACGGCCUUCUUGCCGUCCACAAUAGCAUUCUUUGACUUGAAACACCUCGCUGGUAAAGCUGUGUAAUGUUGAAUGAGCGCAAGAAAUAAACAAAAACCACAAUGGUGAAUGUUAUGAAAGGAAUUUUAGUUGAAUGCGAUGCUGCUAUGAAACAGUUUUUACUGCAUCUGGAUGAAACAUUCGCCCUAGGAAAGAAAUUCAUCAUUCAAGAUCUUGAUGAGCGUCACUUGUUCAUAUCUGCAGAUAUUUUGGAAACAUUACAAACAAAAGUUGACGACCUUAUGGAUCAGAUUUCAUUCCCUCUAGCAGAUAAGGGAUUGUAA